CACCUGUUACAAUAUAAUAAGUUAUUAUAUUAUUAAUAACAAUAUAGUCAAGAAAUGAAAAAUAGAGAAACGAUAUUAUAAUAAAGUUUAAAAAUAAAAUAAUUAUUAUUUAAAUCGUCAUUUGUAAUUGCAAUCUUCAGUCAAACUGAAAAAAAAAAUUAAAAUACAAGGCAAUAGAAGGCUUUUGUUUUUUUAUUAAUAUUAUAUAAACUUUCUAAAUAUUUCAAGUAUAUUUAGUUUUAACACUCCAUGACGACAGCAUAAUGUAUUAUCCUCAUAAUUUAUUAUUACUUUAUUAUUAUUUAUUUAACAGCCGACAAUUUUAUUUUUCCCUAAUGAUAAAAUUCUUAUAAAAAAAAAAAUAAUUGUAAUAAUUUAAAAAAAUAAUUAAACAUCAUUAAUAGCCAAUAAUUAUUUUACAUCCAAGAUCAACAUUCAGAAUACCUUGCAAUGACCAACAAGUAUUUUUCAAGUUCAAUGUCAAAUAAAUGUAACAGUUAAUUACAACAAAAUAACAUGCAAAAAUAUUAUUAAAUAAAAAUAAAUCUAAAGUUAAAAAAAACUGAAUAAAUCAUUGUUAUUUUGUUAUUUAUAUUAAUAAACAAUAACAUGAGUCAUUGUGAUAUUUUAAAAACAUUCACAGUCUAUCACGUGAUAGAAUAAUUAUUGGAAGUUUUUAAUUCGACACCAGUUUUCCUUGAAACUACAAAAGUGGUCCAUAAGAGUUUAUAAAUACAGCCACAAGUUCAUUAUUAUAUCUUCAACUUGAAAUUAAGCUAAUAAAAAAUUCUUUUGUUUAAAAAUAAAAAAAUGAAUACUCUAUUAAUUAAUUUAUUCAUUGGAUUAUUAAUAAUUAAAUCAUACUGUCAAGAUAUUAUAUUUCCAAGUGAUGAAGAAGUAACUCAUUUAAGUGGCAACAAAAUGCUCGAUACUGAUCGUAUACCAUUAUCAAAUCCAAUAGCAUGUCCAAAAAAUAUGCUACAAUAUCCAGGUGAUGGUGUUAAAAGUGUAUGGGUUUGUGAUUGUCGUCCAACAUAUUUAUAUUUUCCAUUGAAUGAUACAUGCCAUGAGGCAUUCAGGCAAGGACCAUGCAAAGUUGGUGAAUAUGUUGUUCUUCCAGCUGGUAAUGUUACGCCAAAAUGUCAAAAAAAUCCAUGUCAUCAUGAUGGAAUGGUACCUUAUAAUGGUACUUGUCAUAAUUUAAGAAUGACUGGUGGACCAUGUGGUGAUAAUGUACUUGGUGUUAAUGAAACAACUUAUCAACUUGAAUGUAUUACAACUGAUAUUGCACCAUUCAUUAUAAUUGAUGCACCAUUAAUUGACUCAUGUCCACCAGGUAGUCGAAGAAUUACCGUUGGUGAUUGUAAACCAGUACUUUAAUUAUUAUUUUUUUAAUACUUUUAUAACACUUUUAAUAAAUAAUGUUUUUCUUUUUUUGAAUAAAUUAACUGUUAAUUUAUU